GUAUGGCUGAAUGGAUAAAGAAGCAAGCAGAUCGGGAAGCAGAGAAAGAACAGAGGCGAUUGGAACGAUUACAGCGCAAGCUUGCUGAGCCAAAGCACUAUUUCUCUGACCCACAGUACGAGCAGCAAUUGGAUGAAAUGUCUGAACGCCUGGAGGAUUCAGUGCUUAAAGGUUUACAAGCGUCAUCGAGUGAUGUGGUGUCAGCAGAGAGUGGAGCAGUUCGAAAACGUGCACUCCCUGCCACAAAUACAGAGGCAAAGGGCGGAAAGAAAAAAUGUCUCUGGAUGGGAGCAAUGGAUUUAGAAGAAUCUGGGAGCUCUGAUGAGGAGAGCACAGCAGACAGUGACUCCUCUGAUGAGGUUCCAUCUCACUCCAAGAGUCCUGUGGAGUGCGAAAGUGUAAAGAAUGGCAAUGUUGACAUUGAGAAGGACUUGUAUCCUAGCCCCUGUGCUGACUCGUCUGUGCCUGAGCCGACUUCGAUACAGCAGGAAACUCUAAACCAAACAGAACCGGAAGUCAGCAGCAAAAUGGAACCAACUGCUUCGAGUUCACAGGACAGCAACAAGCUUGUAACAGAAGAGGGUGCCAGAGAGAGUUCUGAAGAGGUGGAGAAAGUCCCAACUGAUACACAGGAUGAUGAGAAUGCACCAAAGGCUGUUGUAAGUCCUGGUUUCUUUUAUGGUUUCUUAAUUUUUGUAAUGGAGGUUAUUCCAAAAUAAGUGUUAUG